AAAACUUUAGAUCCUAUUUUCCCUUCACAACAUGUUAGGAAAGAUCUUAGCCCAUACAUUGGUAGUGUGUGUUAUUCUUAAUGUAGACGGUGGGAGAUACAACGACAUUGAACAAGCUAUAAAUGCUGCGUUAGAAAAAGUUACUUUUCGAAGAUUGGCUUCUAUCCCCCGGCCUAUAAUAAAGGAUCCUGCUAAUCCGGUGUCACUCAGAGGAGCGUUGGCAAGACGACGUGAAAAUCCAGAAAUUGUAGCAAAAUGUGGAUUAGCUGCUGAUUUGGUUGAAACUGCUACAGUUCUGUAUGCAGAAAGGCAUGGCGGAGAGUUACCGAAUACAGAGGUAUUUAGUGCGGCUAUUGCACCAUAUUGCCCGACGAAAAAGGCGAAGUGUGAAAACAAUUGUAGAUAUCGGUCAGCAGAUGGGUCAUGUAACAAUAGAAUACACCCUGAAUGGGGAACCACGUUUUCACCACAAAUUAGGUUUCUGCCACCUGAUUAUGGAGAUCAAUUUGAUAUUGGUGUAGUACCACGUUCAACAAGUGUGACGGGCCACAAACUGCCUAGUCCGAGAGAGAUAAGUAAUAGUGUACACGACGCUGGGAUGACAGCUCCUAGAGACCAUAUUUAUAAUAUCAACCUAAUGCACUUUGGUUUAGUAAUCUUUCAUGAUGUUAUAUCAACCCCAUUACGUCAGGAUGUCGAUGAAAAUAUUGUUUGCUGCAUCGGGGACAAACCCGUCAAAAGACCAGCAUGUUUUCCGUUUUUCACACUACCAGGCGAAUUCAGUCAUACAUGUCGGAGUUUUGUGAGAUCAGAAAUAGCUCCAUCACAAGGGUGCUUACCAGGUCCAAGUAAUCAGAUGAAUCAGAAGACAUCUUAUUUAGACUUGUCAUUGAUCUAUGGUAAUUCAAUAGAGGGAGUACAGAGAUUUAGACAGUUUGGUUCAGGUCACCCAGUCAGUUUUGAUGCAACUUUAACCAUAUUUCACGUUAUCUUUCUACGAGAAAACAACAAAAUCCUGCGAGAUUUAAAACAACUUGGAUGGAGUGGUGAAAGUCUCUUCAACGAAACACGGAAAAUUAUGUCAGCUAUCUAUCAACAUAUUGUGUAUACAGAAUAUGUACCAGCAGUUAUAGGACAGGACGCCAUGCUGAUAUAUGGUUUGAAAAGCACCCGGUAUGGACAUAACACUAUGUAUAAUCCGAAAAGUGAUGCAACAACAAGUAAUGUUUUUGCUACUGCCGCUAUACGCUUUGCUCACUCGACUUUUGAUACGUUUGAAAAAGAUGUUAUUCAAGGAUUUUCUCCUGAAACCUUUCAGAAUUACAGCAACAUUGUUACUAACUCUCCUUCAUCCUCUACCCUUUUUACACGAUUCCAAAGCAAGACUGAUAGAUUUAUGACUGAUUUUGGACGAAACAAGCUUUGGGAAUCUGAGCCUAAGAACAGUGUUGACACAAUGUCAUUUGAUAUCCAAAGAGGAAGAGAUCAUGGUAUACCGUCCUACAAUAGAUGGCGAGAGUAUUGCGGAUUAAGACCAAUACUCCAUUUUGGAAAAGGCAUUAUGGGAUUUGCUGACCAUACCAUAGGAGCUACUAAAGCUCUUUAUUCUGUAUAUAGACAUCCAGACGAUAUAGACCUUAUUUCCGGUGCCAUGGCAGAGUGGCCUGUUUCAGGUGGAAUUGUUGGACCCACAUUUGCAUGUUUGCUUGGCGAGCAGUUUGCUUUAUUUAAAACCGGAGAUAGGUAUUUUUAUGAAAAUGAUUUUCAUCCAACAGGAUUUACAAAAGGUCAAUUACGACAAAUUAAGAGGCAAAGUUUAUCAUCAGUGAUGUGUCGUCAUGUUAAGGUACCUGCUGUUCCACAGAAUGCUUUCAUAUCUCCAAAAGCAGGUGAACCACUGGUACCCUGCAUGACCUUUCCUAAACUCGACCUCAGAGAAUGGGCUUUACAUGGAAGAGUGUAGAAAUUCAUUAAAUGAAAUAUUGUACAGAAUUAAAAAUAACUUGACUUUUG